CUCGUGUAAUCUAUUUGUGAACUUGCUUUAACCUGAAGUAUCGCUGAAGGGCUUAUUGCAGACGAUACGAAAGUAAACUGUAGACAAUGUGUUAUUUAUCCAAGCACAAAAUUUGCUCUCGUUUGUAAAUGUUAUCAUCUUUAAAUGUGAUGAAUCUAUGUUCGUUUUCAUUUUGUGUUUACGCACGUUACGAUGGAGAAUUUUAAAAGUAUAGCGUAUGCAGUCGUGUUUAUUCUACACAUUUUCAAGGACAACAGAUUAUUUACAUCAGAAGAAAGUGCUUCUAUACAACUAAAGGUGAUGUCGAUCAAGUCUUCAGGAUUAUCUUCGGAUGUUACUAAAAUUAGUAUUACUUAUGUCGCUUCCCCUGACCAUUACGUGUCCUGGAUUGGUCCGAGAGAAGAUGGUAGAACAUGGCACGGUGGUAUAAAAACACAGACCAUGCCAGGAAGUGAAGUAUAUACUGCUUCUGUCAAUGUGGUAAAUCUUACUUCUCUUCGUUCUAUUUACUUUCGACUGUUUAACGAAGAACAGACCAUAUCGUUACAGAUUAACACCAUUGCUGUAGAAACACCACAAGAACAGGACGUCAAACAACCACAUUCAAAACUUCUUGAAAUGGACACCAUCUUCAUGGGACCAAACACUUCGGAUUUAACAAUAACAGGUGUUAUAAAUUUUAAUGUUUCAUUCAUGCAUCGUUUUUCUCCAAUUGAGGUCUAUUUUGAAGGCCUCAACACAAGUGCAGACCCACCCACAUUCUUUGAAAAAUUCGACUUUGAUUUUGAUAAUAAUUCUGAAAUAAGUGUAAGCUUUUCACAAAGAUCAAAUAAAACAACCAAUUGUCAUAUAAAACUUGACCGGAAUAUCGUUAAAUAUGGCGGCUUUCUAACAAUUCUUGUGCCAUAUAAGGAAUCUUCAAAAGACAGAAUGGUUGACAAAUAUUCAAGGGGCACCACUGUUAAAAUUUAUCCUUACGGCACUAAAGACAUUCUACCAUACAAUGAAGUCGGAACAAUCCCACUAAAAAAUCAGACAGUUAUUUUUCCACCAUCUAGUAGAAUAAAGUGUUUAGCGAUUGGAAACCCACGACCUACUGCUUCAAUUUUUAAGAAAGUAGAUAAUGGUGGGUAUAAAAAGCUGGCAACAGAAACUUCUUAUCUGGACAGGUACUCAAACCUUGAAGUACUUUCAUUGUCAUCAAAUAAACAGACACACGAGGGUCGUUAUAUUUGCAGGGCAUCAAAUGGUGAUAAAACAGUGGAAUCUGAAACUGACGUUGUCAUGCUCACAAAAGCUAUAAUCGACGAAUCUAUGACCGGUGUUUUAGAGAACUCAAGCACAACUAUCAUUGUUUCUUGCAAGGCCACAGGAAAGCCGAGACCAGAACUUGAAUUUCGUUUGUAUGAUGAAUACGGUCCUUUUAUGAUACGAUCUGGAUUGUUCAAGACUUUGGAAUCGAAAACAGGCGAUUACGCAUCGCAAAUAACCUUAACGUUGUCAGCUGUCGAGGAUGUUGAUAUUCAUACCGUUUAUUGUUACGCUGCACAGGGCGAUAAGAACAGAAGUUUUGAAAUAAGCAAGAAAAUUAACAUUUUCCCUGAAGGAAGAGAUGUUAACUGGAAUCUCUACAACCAAAUUCGAGAAAACGAAAUGUUUCAAUAGAUAGUUCGUAUCCAUAACCAACAAUAUAUGAAUGCAGACCGAACUGGGUCUUUUUGUUCUUUGUUGUUGGGUUUAACGUUGCACCAACACUGGAGAUGUAAUACUGGGCUUUCCAUGUCCAGCUUUACUGGUGGAAGUAGACUUCAUUACUUACGCACGACUGGGCACCUUAAUAGAACCACCAAAAUUCCAUAAGCUAGCUGGAUAGCUUCGUCACAUGAUUCCAAUGUUCCUGGUUGGCUUUCCCAAUGUAACAUGCUAUGAGAUUAAUAAUCUGAGCAAUACGGACAUAUAUUUAGUACCCAGCAGAACAUAUCAUCAACCAGUCAAUUAUAGUAUUUCCGCUAGGUACAAGUCCUAUUGUACAAAAUACUAUUACAGUAUAAAUACAGAAAAUUUUGAAUGCACAAUAUAAUAAUAUGCGCAGAGACCAUGAAACAGCAUAAUGAAGUCCCUGUUCGUUCCUAAUGUAAAGCGUAUACUAGAAACAUAGUGUUUAUUUGUCUUGAUAUUGCUCAACAUUUUUAAUGUUUUCAAAAAAAACUAUAAAAUUAUUAUAUUUAGUGCAUGUUUAGUAAAUGCACCGAAUAAACUAUUUUUUUACUAAGUUAUACUCGGCUUCAUUUUAUAUAAUGAACUGUUUGGUAUAA